AUGUCAGAUGUGCAGCCGAAAUUAUCUUUUUCAGGAUCAAAGCCCUUUCCUCGCUAUGGAUAUAAGCCUUCACCGCCAAGCGGUUGUGGAUCGCCUCUAUUUGGAGUUCAUUUUGACAUUGGUAUCCCUUUGAUGACAAAGUGCUGCAAUCACCAUGAUAGAUGUUAUGAUACUUGUGGCAAUAAAAAAAAUGACUGUGAUGAGCAAUUUCAGUCCUGCCUCUCCAAAAUUUGCAGAGAUGUGCAGAAAACACUUGGGAUAUCAGAGAACGUACAGGCUUGUGAAUCAAUUGUUCAGCUGUUGUUUGAUGCAGUUAUACACUUAGGAUGUAAGCCGUACCUUGACAGCCAGAGAGCUUCAUGUAUGUGUCGCUAUGAGGAUAAGACAGAUCUCUGAAAGGCGUGGAUGUCCUGCAGUUUGGAAUGAAGUAAAACAACUGGAAUGAAGCAAAUGUUUUACACUUCUCAGGCCUGACACAAAUGCUCUUUUUUAAAAAAAGAGACUAUCACGAAGUCAUCCAUAAAAGAGAAGGACCAAUGCAUGAAGAGUAGGUGCAUGAAGACCAGCUUCAGCCCCAUCACCCAGAUCUCGAUGAAGAGGUAGGCUGACUUACCAAAGACUCAAAGACAAAGUCAACAGCCAUAUGGAAGUCACCACUGUAUUCCAGAUCUACUCGAAGCUCAGCUCUUUGGGGCAGCUCUCCUCUUUGCCGACCUCCGGGCAGAUGAGUCUGAUGGCUUUGAAGAUGGGCAGGAUAUUGCCCAGAUAGAUAUCCCUGAAGCUGAGCUCCUCCAGAACCUUCCCUGUCAACUUGGUCUGGAGCAGCUUCUCAAACUCUGCCUUAAUCUUACUCAUCACCCAGUUUCUGACUGGGGCCGUGCUCCUGAGCUCCCUGAAGAGGAAGAUGGCAUUGAGGAGGUGGCACAUCUUAUUGCUGGAGGUGGGAUUUACAAGGGGGGUUCUGGCUGCUGUGGUAGCGCUGGGCUCCAGGCCUGUGGUGAGAGUUGAGGCAGCCAGCACUGAUGCCGGGACUGGCUCUGGGGCUGCCUAGCUGCCUGGUGUAUAUGAGGCCAUCUUCAGUUCUGGCCACUCUGGGAGGCUCCAGCAUCUUCCUGUAGAAAAAGGAGGAAUGCAAGGAAGCAAGUGACCAGCACCAAGACAGGAUGUCAUACAUUAGCAGCGUCAUUGCCUCGAGUGCACCAUGCCUCAGAGUUGAGAGGUGCCCCUGCUUGAGGGGAGAUCUUGUCCCUGCAGUCCAGUGCCACACAGGAGAGCUUGAAAAGCUUUUGUGCUGCUCACCAGUUAUGGGGUAAGAUGAAUGACUCAGAGUCAUACUCUGUUUUUAGGUGCAUGCUCAGUUGGCACUCAGCUGUUGAACCAGGUGCCUUCUAUCCAUUCUUUCAGCCUCCCAGAUUUGUGGUUGUUAAGCUGUGUUAGAGAGUGUUACCAGUACUGUUCUUCAUUGUCUUCCUAUGCAAGGCCUUAUGUACAAGGCCAGGCUAAAGGAGGAAGUUGAGAGAAAGAAAGAAGGGGUGGGGGGAGCACACCAUCACAUGAGUACUGUCCUUGCGGUGGCAGGAGGGGGUCUGGAGGUUUUCAGGAAAUGUGUAGAUGUGGCACUGAGGGACAUGGGUUAGUAGGCAAGGUGGUGGUGGGUUGGUGGUUGGACUAGAUGAUCUUGGAUGUCUUUUCCAACCUUAAUGACUUAUAUUAAACACUGACAUGAAUGUAUUGGUUUGAAAGUCACUACGCUAUUCUUCCUCAUGUUUAAAAAAUAGAAAAAAAGUGUUAAGUCUUCCUUAUCUUCUGUACACUACAAGUUGGAAACUGAAAUUAGACUCUUCUAGUGUAUGUACAUUUAGGGUAUGCUACUGUAAAACACAAACGCUAUUUUCAAUUAAAAAAAAAAAGGAAACUGCAUAGUGGGGUAAUCAGAGGUGCAGAAGAGUUGAAUCUCAGAUUAUUUCUAGUAUAGGCCAAGUGUUAGGUUUCCAAGCAGAUGAUGUAUCUGAUAGAUAACAACAGGUAAAAGAGUUCUGCAGAGUUAAAAUGGCACCUUGAAUAGCCCUUCACUUUGAAUAGAUACCUUCAGAUCUCUCUGAUGUACUCUGUCCUGUGGGUUUGUUUUAAAACAAAGAAAAAAGCCCUAAGCAAGGUAUAUAUCUGCACUAUGUAUUUCUACCUGAUCCAGUAAUGAACUUCCUCAGCACUCUUCAGAUAAGUAUGUUGAGACUUUUAAGGAUUGACUCCUAAAGUGACCUAAGGAUAUACUUUUGAUUUGACAGAAUGCUGGAAUGUGGUUGUAAUGUUACAUAAGUUUAGAAAGGAUUCAAGUCUUUAUUUUUCAAAUUAAACAAUGCAUUGUGUAUUAUAUGUGUAGAAAGGAUAUAUUGUUCAAAGAGGUUGAUUUAUAUUUGUCUCAUGGCACAACUUAGUAACUGUAUCUAUCUUUGCUUUCAUUUAGUACAUUCUGAUUGAAAACUAGAAGGAGAUUCCACAUACAGGGUCAGCAUGCCCAACAAACCUUUUUAUUUAAAAUGCCCUCUUUCAUGCUGACAGAAAUUUGAGCUUUUAUUUCUGUCAUCUCUUCCAUGACUACUCUAGCUGAAAUCAUCUGAUGUCUGAAUUAUUUGGGGUUUGCCCUCUGUACUGAUCUUCUGUUGCUAAUCUCCAGUUGUCAGACCUCAGUUAACUUUUGCAUUGAGUCCUGUCCUGCUGUCCUGAUUUGCCUUAGAAAUCCACAGAAUAUGACUGAAAAUCAAAGUACUGCAUCCAUGAACAGGGAAAAUAAACUAUGCAGAAAGUUUAAAGUUCACUUAACUCACAGAUUGCAAUGCCAUUUCUCUUCUGGAAGUAUUUUUUUAUGUUUUUGCUUUACUAUUUUUUUGUGGUAUUUUUGUUUUUCACUGAAGCUUACAGUACGUGACACAAUGUAAGUGUCUCAUACAAUAAAAUUCCUGCCAAAGUUCCUUG